ACCAUUAAUUUCAUAUAUAUUUUAACAUAAAUUAAUUGUCAUAAUGUAUGAAAAAUUAUUAAGUAUUUAAAUUUAGAAAUUAAUCAAGUGCGCAUAUUUAAAUGAACAACGCGAUUUUUUAGUCAGUUACGGGAUAAAUUUGAAGUAAAAAAUAAUUGUUUUAAGUGAAAUUGAGUCAAGUAUUUGUUUGUAAAAAAUUAGAAAAUUAGGGGUUAUAAAUAUACAAAUAUAUAACAUUGUAUUAUAUAAUGUAUCGAUCAAUCAUCUACAAUCAAUUAACAGACGGUUAUUUGGAUAUCAGUACGUGGAUUCGAGACACAUUUGAAAUAACACUAGGAAUUUUGAUGGAAUUUUUAGGACGAUUUAUUGAUCUUGCCAUUGCUAUUUCGCAAUUAAUAUUUCAAGUUAUUUGUUUUCUGAGGGAUUUAUGUAUCGAAACAAUGCAAACAUUCGCAAAUUUAUUUCGGGGGAUUGUAAAUGUUGUUAAAUCUAUCAGUUCAGAAAAUGUUGAAGACUUUGCGGAAGCAUGUUUGGUUGUGAUUCUUUGGAUUGCAGCAGCUAAAUUUUUUAUCGGCCUUGUCGAUAAGAGUUAUGGACGAUACAAUCCAUUGAGGGUAUUAAAAAAAUUAAGGAACAAUGAAUUAGAAAAAUAUGAAUCGGAAAUUCCUGCAGUAAGAGAUCACAUAUGGACGAAGGCGCCCAAUUCAAAAAGAAAAUCAAUUUUACGUAAAAAACGUAGUACAAAGUAUUGAUUUGAAUAAUUAAUAAAAAAAAUUUAAUUAUUUGUUUGUUUUUUUUUAUUAACAAAGUGUAUAAAAAAUUAUAUAUUUAUUUAUUAGAAAUGUAGUUUAGACACAUUUUUCAUCUGUGGUUAAUUGAUUAGUUCAUAUAGAUUUAUAUACAUUAC